GCAUCCGAGCUUGCCUCCUCCUUUCCGUUGUCGCAGCCCACCUUCCCUCCCACCUAGGUCAAUCCACAGGUUAGUGGCGAAGCAAAUCGUGACCAUGACCACGACUUCCUUCCGUGAUUCCGUGAACUCAUUGGGUUGGUCUCGGAGAGAUCCAGAUCUACCGGCGCGCACCAACUCGUCAAAUGCUCCUUUCCUAUCACGGUUGCAGUCUUGGAAUCCAUUUGGGCAAGGGGAGGGCUAUCUGCAGCUGCCCACCCAUGAAGCUCCAGGAGCUCCUCUGCCAGCCCCGACUCGACGGGAAGAAGAAGAUAGUUUCUUUGCUUUAAGCCGAUGGGACCGGAUGCUCAUUUUCAUUGCGUGCAACCUGGGUGCUGCCGUCUGCUUCCUUAUUUGCUUUUUCCUCUUUCCAGUCCUGUCGCUCAAACCCCGCAAAUUUGCCAUCUUAUGGUCCGUCGGUUCUUUGCUAUUCUUACUAUCAUGGGCAGUCCUCAUGGGACCUAUGGUCUAUGCCAGGCAUUUGGUCUCGGGAUCACGACUGCCAUUCACGGCCGCCUAUUUCGGUUCGAUCGCCAUGACCCUCUACUUUGCCAUUGGGCUCCAUUCCACCUUGUUGACCCUGAUCUCGUCGAUCUUCCAGCUCACCGCUCUGCUUUGGUAUCUUGUCAGCUAUUUCCCAAUGGGUAGCACCGGUUUGCAAUUCAUGGGACGAUUUGGCGCGCAGCGUGUCACGGCAUGGAUGACCAGCUGAUGACCUUUGCCCCUUUCUGUAUAGAGUAACGACGCGACGUUUGUCUUUUUGUGGUCUGCUGUAGACACCUUCUUGUAUAUUACCGCAUCU